GAAACCUCUGUCCACCUUGUUGUCGUGGCAUAGUCGUGGAAGUGGGGCAGUGACCCCGAUCACACUGAUGACUAGAGCUCUAGAGGUGUAUAUAAGGAGAGCUGUCCACUGCUCGAACUUACUUCGUUUCUAGCAUCUGCCAUCCCCAGUGUUUCUUGCUCUAUCUAUUCAAACUACACUCAACCAAACUUCAACUUUCUCAAAAUCAAUCAUCAUGUUCGGCUGGGACGAGGGUCGUGACAGCUACCAACAGAGCUAUGAGUCUGACAACAAGGCUGAGCUCUCCCACGAGCUCCUUUCUGGUGGCGCUGGUUUCGCUGCCAUGAAGGUCUUCGAGGACCACCAGCGCAAGGAGGGCAAGACUGUCUCCCAUGCGUUCGCCAAGGAGCUUCUUGCUGGCUUUGCUGCCGCCGAGGUCGAUCGUCUCGCCGAGACCAAGGGUGCCGACUUCAUCGACCGCGAGAGGGCCAAGCACGAUGCGAGGAAAAAUGCCGAGAACCUCUACGACCAGCACUACGGCGACUAUGAACAGUACGAUCCCAACCAACAGCAGCCUCACGGCCACCUUCAGUAGAUGGCGCGGUACUGGGAGGAGAUCACACGGUGAGAGCUGUGCGUGACUAUGACUGUCAUCUCCGGAUAUUUUAGACUUGCUUUACGAUCCAAAUGAAAAACGAAUUGUUCAAGUCAAUGCAAUUUGCGCUUGAUGCGACCGCUCCGAUGGAGA